AUGCCUUUUGGCGAAGUCGUCUGUGGUGCUCCAGGCAGCGGCAAGUCUACGUACUGCUACGGAAAGAACCAGCUAUUCAACGCACUCAACAGGCCCAUUGCCAUUGUCAACCUCGACCCUGCAAAUGAUAGUAUCCCGUACCCCUGCGCAAUAGACAUUUCGUCCCUCGUCACGCUUGAUGCUGUCAUGCAAGAGCACGGCCUGGGUCCGAACGGAGGAAUGCUGUAUUGCAUGGAGUAUCUUGAGGCAAACUAUGAUUGGCUCGAGGACCGACUGAAGAAGCUCAGCGACGACGCCUACGUUCUCUUCGACCUUCCAGGCCAGGUCGAAAUCAGCACGAACCACGAAAGUGUGCGGCGUAUGAUACGCCGGCUGACCAAGAACGGGUUUAGGCUAGCUGCCGUACAUUUAUGCGACGCACACUACGUGACGGACGCCUCAAAGUUUGUUUCUGUGCUCAUGCUCUCGCUACGCGCAAUGCUACACCUCGAGCUUCCGCAUGUCAACGUGCUCUCGAAGAUAGACCUGAUUGCGCAAUACGGCGAGCUUGACUUCAACCUCGACUUCUAUACCGAGGUUCAGGACCUGGCAUACCUGGAGAAUGCACUUACCGCCACAUCUCCGCGAUACAAAGAAUUAAAUAUGGCUAUAUGCUCUCUUGUAGAAGACUUCGGCCUCGUCGGCUUCGAAACACUUGCGGUCGAGGACAAAGAGUCCAUGCUCCACCUGAUGCGCAUUAUAGAUAAAGCGACUGGCUGCGUCUUCGUUCCGCCACCAGACGCACGGGUUCCGCAGGGUGCAGUGAACAAUACUGGUGCUCCGCCAACGCAGAGGCCGAACAUGUUUAGCCUCAUGUCGAGCGCUAUAGGCCCAAUGCCUGGACCACGCAGCGACGUGCGCAACGUCCAGGAGCGCUGGAUCGACGCGCGAGAGGAGUAUGAUGAGUGGGAGCGUGCGCAGUGGCGAAAGGAAGGAAUUGCAGUACAGGAGCAGGCGCGGAAGAAAAAUCACAUACGACAGCGUGGUGUACAAACUCGCGAUAAAGAUAUCCCAAUGUCGACUUCAUAG